AUGCGCGCGGUCGCCGCCGCGCUCGGCGCGCGUCCUCUCCGUGACCGCGCGACGCCCGCGCCGCGCGUCGAUCGCGCGUCGGUCGUCGCGACGACGCGCGCGUCGCCGUCCCCGUCCCCGCGCCCCGCCACCGAUCGUCGCGAACCGUCGAGCUCGAAUCGAGGCGCGAUCGCGUCGUCGACGCGCGCGUCGCGGCAGCAGCGCAACCCCGACGACUGGGGCGGCGAUUACGACAAGAUCCGCGAGGAGCUCAUGUCCAGAGGGCCGUCGUGGGCGGAGAACCUGCCGGGGAUAAGCAACACGAUCAACUGGCUGUCGCAGAACACGUUCGGGGCGUCCGCGCCCUCGCCGGGCACGCGAUCGCGCAAAGCCUGGGACGCCAUCGCGCUCGCGUACCGCGCCUUCCUGGACGCGCUGCCGUACCGCCGGCAGGACGGCCGAGCCGCGCGCGCGCUGCCCAAAGGCCGCGUCGCGGACGCGCACGUGCGGUGGGAGGCGUUCAAGCGCGGCGACGGCGCGAGCGAGCUCUCCGACGACGCGCGACGCGAGCUCCUCGACGGCGAGGCGGAGUGCGCUGCGUUUUGGAGGAACGUCGCGGAGGACGGCGCCGCCGCGGCGGCGUCGAGGAAGAGGGCGAAGACGGUCGGCGGCGUCGGGCUCAGCGCGGCGAGGGACGCGUCGCUCGCGAUGACGGAGGGGCAAGUCCGCGCGAUCACCGGCGACGUCAUGGGGCUCGCGCUGUCGCUGCGCGUCGCCGCGGCGAAGGCGAAGGAAGAGGACGCCGCCGCCGCCGCGAACGACGACGACGACGACGCGACGACGACGGCGUCGCAGACCCAGACCCUCGCGCUCGUGGACGCGUCCGCGGACGAGGUCGGGGACUACAGAGACGAGCUCCUGAGCGGGUGGGGCGGCGGAGGAAACGCCGCCGCGUUCGUCGGAGGGUUCGGCGCCAUCACCGCGAGCGAGGCGAGGGAAGCCACCGCGUCGUGCGCGUCGACGCCCGCGGACAUCGCGUCGAGGGUCCUCGCGCUGUCCGGGCUCUUGCUGUGCACGCCCACGGAGGCGAUCGCGGUCGCGCACGUGUUCCCGGCGAUAUUAGAGACGCCGAGAAGCGUGAUCGCGCAGAGGAUGGCCGCGCUGAAGGAGCUCGUCCCGCGGGCGGACGCGGCGGUGAUUUUCCGCGCGGAGCCUCGGCUGCUCCUCGCGGGCGACGGCGACGUCAUCAUGGCGAACGCGCGGCGGUCCGUGGCGGCGAUCAAGAGCCAGCUGCCGGGCGUGAACGCGGAUAAGCUCGUGGAGCAAGAGCCGAGCAUGAUGUUCGAGGACAUCUCCGAGGAGUUAGAAGCGCUGAGGGAGCUGUGGCCGGAGGAGGCGUUUCGAAACAGCGACGAGCAAAACCCGUUCUUCGCGGAGGAGCUCGCGCUCGCGAUCAAGGCGUUGCAGGGGAAGGGGAAGGAGAAGCCGUUCAAGUCGUUGUGA